AUGGACGCCCUACUAGACCAAGCCCGCUUGAUUUGGGAAGGGGAGAUCGACUUCAAAGGCCAACGCCUAGUCGAAUACCUGACCUACGCCCUCCUCACCCUCACCGGCCUCAUCGCCUUCUUCAUAGGCCUCAGCACCCAAGACAUCUACCGUACACUUUACAUCGGGCUCGGUGGUACGGCUCUUACAUUCCUGAUUGCUGUCCCGCCAUGGCCUUUCUACAAUAGUAAUCCGUUGGCUUGGUUGCCGGCGAAGACGGCGCCGAGGGGUAUGGGUAGUGGGGUGGAUCGGGCGCAGCUACAGGGGAUCAGUAUUGAGGUUGAUGGGAAGAAGAUUAGUUGA